AAUCGUUUUCGUCUGGAUUUUCGUUUCUCGCAUCGAGUAGUGAAUUACUGGAAUUCUCUACCGGAACACGUAAUAUCAGCACCUUCCGUUGAUAUAUUCAUAACGAGAUUGGACCUCCACAGUAUUACAAACUGCAAUGAUUAAUAUAGGUCGAUAGACCUCCUAUCCUUAUUACUGAAGGCUGACCUUGAAAUAAAUGGCGGUCGAACUAGUUCCAGAUGCUCCGUGGUAUUUUGGUGAAAUAAGCAGAGAAAAAGCUAAUGAGAUUCUAAUUGAUCAGCCUGUUGGAACAUUCUUGAUACGUGACAGCACUACAAAGUCAGGUUACGUGCUUGCGAUAAAAGAGGCCAACGAAGUCAAGCGUUACUUACUUAUAUGGGCACCUCAACUAAAAAAGUUCAAGUUUGGCGACACUCUCUAUUCUUCGCUCGAUGAGUUGGUUAGACUUCAUACUUCACACUCUUCGAGUACUCGUAUGAGACAGCCAGCCCAGAAGGCUACUUAUGCUGCUUUAUAUUCGUUUCAAGCACAGGAAGAGGGAGAUUUGUCUUUUCAGAGGGGAGAUUUGUUAACAUUCAUAAGACAAAAGCGGGAGUGGAUUCUAUGUAAAUCAGGCGAUAACCGUAUCGGUUGGGUUCCUUCAAAUUAUUUAACUCCGUUUACACCUGAAAUUGUUGCAAGAUUAAAGGGUCUUGGUGACCAACUUGGAUUAACCUAUUGUCAUAUGCUAAAAUCUGUUCAGUUACCGGCUACUGGAAAGGUUGUAAGGGCUAGAAAUCCCAGUAUCUUCGCGACAAAUCACUUGAAAGUGGAGUGCGAUGAUGAAGUUCAAAUCAGGAAACUACUUCCUGAUGGAUUCUGUGAGGUCUGGCGAGAACGUGAUCAAGUUGGCGGCUUGGUACCAAUUAAUUUCCUUAAGAUUGAAUGUAAUUAAUAAAUAGUAAUCAUAUUUAGACUAUGAUUCAUUGAUGAAGUUGUGAUUUGAUUUCAUAAUGUCCAAUUAUACUUUUCUGAAACUUCUCUAUUUUUCAGUCGUACUUAAUCCUGUGCAUAUAUGUUUGUUUGCUUUUGUAACAAUAGACUGUUUGAAAUGGUAGACAAAUGUUUUUAUAUGAGUAUGUUUACAGAAAGGUUAGUGCAUGCAUACAAAACGUAUUCUUAUUGGCCCUAGUGUCAAGACAAGUUUUCAUUCUUAGUUGUCUUAGCUUGACUUGAAAUAACAGAUUUCAAGUACUAAAUUAUUCAAGUCCCUGAACAUGUAUUAUGAUAUUACAAUGAUUUACGUAGUUGUUUUGGAUUUAAGUUGUAUUGAAUUUGACGAUAUCUUACUACGGUUUGCGAGACCACACAAAUUAAUGAUUGAAGAUACAAAGGAAAUCUAACCUCUAUUUGGUUACUGUUUCCUAAAGUGUGCAAGAUCUAAUAAGUAUACCACUGUUAGCGAAAUCGUUCAUCUAGGCAUAAGCGAAGUUAAUAAUCUGUGGUAAAAACCCAUAAGUAAAGUGCGUAUUUUCUUUCUUAAAAUAAUGUACAACUAUGUAAAAUCUCUAAGACAUGUAUAUUGCUUUGAGUUUCAGUAUUAUAAAGUGGUCGAGGGGAGGAGAAAUAUAUGUAGACGGAGGAAAAAACAAAUAAGUAAAGUACGAAUAGACGAUUAACAAACGACUAAAGAGUUAUAAGACAGGAUAAUAAAGAGUACGUCUUCUCCAUUGUAAUCGAUUUUGAUCCAUUCCACAUCUGAUAAAGGAUACCAGUUACUUAAAAUUGUUUAUUUAGUGAUUCAAUAUCAUGAAUUUGUCAUGUCAACAUUGUGUUCUUCACAUAUCUUGAGCCAACAAAUGCAUAUCUCCUUGACAUGCAAGGUUGUUUUCAAAUUAUAUCGAGUCGUUUUUGGUCUUCUCAACCUUUGGGUAUUGUUGCUACCCAAGAAACGCAUAUGAAACAUAUGUUCCAAGAGUUGUAUAGUCGUAUUCUUUGUUUUUGGUUAUUCGCCCCCAAAUGCCCUGGUACGGCCGAGAGUGGGGAGAGUCCGCUCUCCCUCUCGAAAUGCUCUCACGUGGCCACGCGUAUAUAGCCUCUGCCAGGGAAGUCCUACUCACUGCCUUCUCGUGGCGGGGGUGUUGUUUACGAAAAUGAGGGGACGAAAAGCGAAUGUCCGGCGCUUUAACCGGAACCCAAACAAAAUCAAUCGUGCACAUGGGCUCCAGUAUCCUGCGAGAACAAAUGGUGUAUGAACCAAUCGUUGGUCACCGGCUAUCAUGGGACUUCAUCUCCUUACCAUGCUCCACUGCCUUGUGGAUCAGACCUUCAGGUCGAAGGCUCCGGGUGUGCCUCCCUAUGAAAACCACCUGCUUCGGUUUGGGUGUGCGGGCAGUAUCACAGCCCUCACACAUAUCGAAUGAGAUUCGUGUGGCGCAUAUGUAUUUGGUGCCCCCUUGUACCAAUAUCUAUGUGUUCAAAUAAAUAAAUAAAAUUUUGGUUAUUCAGCAUAUCCAUCUGCUCUAAGAACUAGAACAUAUUGCUUGACAGUAACAGCUAAGCUAUUCAACUCAAAGGGGUACUCUUACGAUCAGUUGGUGUACAAAGACAAUAGAGCGCAUUGAAAUCUUGGAUACUGUUUACUCCUAGAAGCUGUCAGUUAGUCAGUAACAACGUAGAACUUCGUACGCACGUACAUCAGUUCGAGUUGCCAUACCACAUUAGCACAGAGAUGCAGUUGCCGAUUCAAAUCCCAUAGUGGUAGAGGUAGUAAGAGUAUAAGCAGUAAUCGGGAAGAUUAGGGUUUGGAGAUGUUAUUUAAAGAGUAUAAUCCAGUGAAAUAAGUUUGGAAAGAGGAAAAAAGGGACAUGAAGAAUUCAGAAGAUUAGAAUUUAGAAGAAUACAAAGAGUGGAUACACCUGCGCCAUUGCAAACGAUUUUGAGCCAUGUCAUUCAAGGUCUCUAACCAUCGGUUGCUAUCAUCUCGUGGUCCCCAACCAGGUAGUCUACACCUACCGACAUGACACAGUCCACUUGUCAGUGACUUCAUGGGCUUGUGCCAUGUUUUGGUCUGGCCGCCCCUAGCUUUCUUCCAACCUACUCCUAUACCACUGAACAUCGCACGUCGAGGCAGUCGGUCGUUGGGAAUACGUAACACAUGUCCCAGCCAUCUUAACUGAUGAAGUUUCACUACUUCAUCAAUUGAUUUGCCAUCCUUACCUAGUACCCGUUUUCUAACAACUGCGUUACUUACUUGAUGGUCCCAGGAUAUACGAGCAAUGCUUCGAAGACACCUAUGAUCAAAUACUAGUAACCUACGAAUAUCCUCUACUCUUACCGGCCAUGUUUCACUGCCACAAAGUAGGACGGAACGAACUGCUGCGCAGUAAACACGUUCUUUGGUUGACCUAGAAGCUGUAACUAAAGUCAUUCGGUCUUUUCUAAGCCGUCUUGUGAACGCUCUAAUUGUAUUGUUAGUUUUACCCUAUCAACCUUGUACACCUAUCAUAGUGACACAGCCUGGCUAUCCAAGCUUCAGUUAGUAGAGUGAAUUCGUAUAUGUGACCUCAUUUUCAUAACUGAUCUGUUUCGCUAACUAACUAGUGAUUUUCGGUGUGUGUGUGUGUAGAAUACCUGUCAUACAGCAAAUCUUACUACCUUUAAUGUGAAGUUUUGUAAAUUCAUGAGUCACUCCUGUCAAAUACGAAUGAAAACUGGCAAUGCCUCCACCAGUAUUCAUGAAUAAUGACGCAUCAGAUUAAGGAAUGGACAUUUCAGCUGCUAGUUUUGAUCUGAAGUAUUUCCCACCACCAAACGAACUUGUAGGCUUGGUUCAUGCAACAAAUCCGUAGUACACAGUUGUUGUAGCAAAUCAUAUUCACCAAAGUUAGUCACAGCGUCAUGACUAAAAUAGCUAGUCAUUAUUACGUUUUGUAUGGCCAGCUACUAGUUAGUAAAUUAAGAGAAGCUAGACUGUUUAAAUUCAAAUAAUUUACAGAUCUCGGUAAGAUAUUAAAAAAUCAUGAAUCCUUAAGUAGAUUCUCAUUUUCUCCAACUUUACCCCCGAACACUAGUAUUAAUUCGUUAAUUUAAUAUUGUAAUCGGUAUGACAUACAUAAAUGUUGUAGCUGCAUUGGUGUUGCAAAUUCCUCAAGUUAAGAUCUGCAAUUUUAAAAACGAAAAAUAGUGAAUUUUUAGUUAGGAGCUUAUAAUAUGUAGUUAAAUUAACCAAUCUACGUUGCAUUUAUCUGGCUCACUAAAAUUAACCAUUCUGAUCAAAAAUGAGAUUAGCCUGUUGUAAUGCAGUGUAGAUCAAGAAGCCUAAUGUUCUUUGUUUACCAGGUUUCUUCAACUUAGUGUCCCUUUUAGAAACGUACUUAAGACACUACAUAAAACUUGAGAAGCUCCUCUUACGUUUAUUUAUCAGGUGAUAAAUGAUAGUCAUAUUUAUAAAUUUUUUCACCUCUUUCCUGAUUGCACAUUCUGUAACACAUGGACCAUACUAAAUAGCUCCUCUGAAUCAAUUGAAUAGACUUGAAUACAAUGGUCAACCGGUUUCUAGGUAGAUGAUCAUUACUGACUAGCAUCGUUUACCCUCAAAGUAGUUCAACUUAGUCGGCACGUUAAGACAAUUCUGGGUAUAUCCUCUUAUGUAAAGGGCUUUUUCACUCUCAACGACUGUUCUCGAUUUAAUUUUUGGUCUGAACAUGUAGAUUACAUCGGAUCGACGAAAUACCCAUUCAAUAGUAGUCGUAAUAGAUUCUUCUAUUUGAGCAAAAUUAAACCAAAAUAAAUUAAUCAGGGUUAGAACUUACAAGUCUGUAGCUAAACGUUAACUACCUUUCGCGAACAAAUCUGUGUUUCGGUCCCCCGACGUGUGUUCACUUAUAUGGUUGAGAGGAAGCCUUUGGUGGUUGUUUAAUCAAUAUUCAAAGAGUUUGCAUUUCAGACCAACUGUAACUUGAUAAUCAUUGUGAAUCAUAAAGCACUAACCAAUGGUCAGAAACUUUGGACGGCACGGCUCAAAAUUGUUUGCAAUGGUGCAGGUGCGUUCACUCUUUGUCUUCAAUUAGAUCCUAAGUGUCUAUGAUUUCACUAACUUUUAUUUUCUCAACUUGUAUUUUAGAUGCCUAAUUUUUCUGUUUUUAUCGAUUUUGUUGCUACCUCUGGGAUUCGCCCUGACAAUUUCAUCUCGCUGUACUAGUGUGUAUUAUGUCUGGCAUUUCACGAGUUGGCAAACUAUUACUACCACGUACUGCUUUAUUGUUAUGUGAUAUACAGGAAAAAUUUCGUCCAACUAUUAGUCAUUUUGAUGCAAUUGUCGAAACGUCUAGUCGGAUGUUAACAGCUGCUCGAAUGCUAGGAAUGCGCAUUGUAGUCACUGAAAUGUACCCUAAAGGUUUAGGUCCUACCGUCAAAGAGUUAGGAGAUUUAAGUGGUAUUCCCAUCAUUUCAAAGAGAUCAUUUUCUAUGCUAACAGAUGAAGUAGCCAAUGUUUUGGAGCUGGGAAAACAAAUCAAUUCUGUUUUAUUAUGUGGUAUUGAGACACAUGUUUGUGUUCAGUCAACUGCAUUAGAUUUAAUUGAACGGGGAAUACAAGUUCAUUGUAUUGUAGAUGCUGUAUCUUCACGAAAUAUAGUUGACAGAAUGUUUGGAUUUCAACGAAUGAGUCAAUCAGGUGUCUAUUUGACUACAUGUGAAUCAGCCUUAUUAACUAUACUCUGUGGUUCUGAUCAUCCUCAAUUUCGUGAUGUUCAAAAGAUUAUUUUAAAGCCUAGCUCGGAUAGCGGUUUAUUAACUGGAUUCAAUACACCAAAAAUUAGCUAAAUACUUAAAAGUGGAUCUGUUUUUCAUACAUCUCUAUACAAUUUUGUUCUAUAUUUUUCUUAUAUAUUCAAAUAUAAAUCUUAAUAAUCUUUGUUAAAACUAAGUUUAAUUUUAAUAAUUUUCAUAUUGUAUACUCGGAUCUAUAAUUGAACUACUGAAUAAAAUUUUAAUUUUGCUAGUUAGUAGUAUUUUUUUUUACCAAAAAUAAAUCAAGCUAUUUAUUUUACCGUGUCUAUUUCAAAUGUAACCAGAGUUUAAUCUGCAAACUGGUCUUCUUAUUUGUUAAUAUUACAUCAGUAAAUCAUAUUUCUUUAUCAUUGAAUAUAUAAACUAAUUAAUAAAACUUCAA